CCUUUUCUUUUUUUUUUCUUAUAUUAUAUUGUAAAUAUCACAUUUCUAUCCCUUUCUUCUUUUUUCUUUUUUUAUUACAUAUCUGAUGGAUACAGAACAGACUCCUUUACUUCGUCAUCAUCAACAAAUUAUAUCGUCUACUCCAUGUUGUAAAGGCAGAAAUGAUAUUGGCGCUUGUUGUUCCACAGCAAUCAAUCCACCGUCUUCUUCUUUAGAUAAUAACGAUAAUCAAAAUUCAUCUUAUUGUCAGUUAUCUGAUCAACCUUGGAAAUAUAAAUCGAUUGCAUUACUAUGUGCCUUGUUUUUAGCAGUUGGUAGUCACUUUGCUGCACAUACGUUAGGGGCCAUGAAAAACACGAUCAAACAAGAAUUUGAUAUUAGUAACUCACAGUAUGGCGUAUUACAAUCUUCAGUAGCUAUUGUCAACACAGUAUUGCCUAUGCUUGGAGGUGUAUUUAUCGAUGCAUUUGGUACCGUUCCUGGAUCCGUGUGUGCAACCCUCCUGAUCACAUCUGGUAAUAUAUUAGUGGCUUUGUCAACGCAUUCCGCAAGUUGGAAUAUCAUGGUGACGGGACGUGUGUUAUAUGGUAUUGGAAGUGGUAGUGUGGUGAUUGUACAAGAAACGAUUCUAAGUCAAUGGUUCCGUGGACGUAGUUUGGCAGCUGUGGUGGCUCUGAUGUUGACCGUCAGUCGUUUAGCUUCCUUUUUGGCUCAAGCUACUGUGGUACCUAUCGCUAAUUGGUCUGGAUGGUAUGGAUAUGGUUUUUGGUUUUCUGCUUUGCUUUGUCUCUUCUCUUUGGUUAUCAAUCUGAUCUACAUUGCUUUAUUACACAAAGUAUCUCCUGUCUCAAAUGUAGAUCAAUGUCGAAAUAUUCAAACCAUCAAACAGAAAAAAGCUUUCCAUUGGUCCAAAUUACUAUAUUUGCCUCAUGGUUAUUGGAUCGUGGUAUUGAUUGAAUUCCUCUUAGGUGGUUCAUGGGGCACUUUUCUACAUAUCAACAGUGAAUUGGUUAAAUUCCGUUUUGGAUACGAUAAUGCUGAUGCUGCCGCCAUUGCAAGCGUGGCUCAAGUCCUACCUAUCUUUUUCAUGCCUCUACUUGGUGUUUUUGUCGAUCGAUAUGGCAAAAGAACUCUUCUUAUGAUUGGAAGUGGCCUGACGUUUACUUUGGCAAUGUAUCUUCUGGAUUAUACCCAAUGGCAUCCAUUGAUGGGAAUGCUUUCCUUUAGUCUCAGUCUUGCCCUUGGUCCAGUAGGAUUGGUAUCCUCUGUUCCUGUAUUAUUACCAUUGUCCUUUGUGGGAACUGGCAUGGGAUUGAUCAAGUGCUCUACGAAUAUUGGUGCAUCGCUUUUUGAUAUUUUGACAGGAUGGAUUCAAGAUCAGGAUACAAAUAAAGGAUACUCUGGUGUAGUGAUCUUCUUUCUCGCUGUAGGAAUUCUUUCUACUUUGGCUGGGCUUGUCCUUUGGAUUUUGGAUCGCACUUGUUACAGUCAUCUAUUGGAUCAAUCGGCGGUGCUGGCUCAACGAAGGGAAAAGAUGGAUCUCAACACAAACAAGUACGAUGCUAUGGAAGACACACCUUUGAAAAUGAACUAUCUCUAUGGUGCCAUUUUACUUGGAUUGAUGAUGACAAGCUGGGGUCUCUUUUUCCGAUUUAUCAUUUAUCAAUAAUAAAUUGUUAGGAUUAGAAUAGUAUAUUAUAGUUGAUUCUAUUAUAUAUGUAUGAAAAUAAUGAUAAUAAUAAUAAUAAAUAAAAAAAAAACGAACUUUG